UCUUCCCCCUCUUCCCCUUCCCCUCCUCCUCCUCUUCCCCCUCCUCCUCCCCCUCCCUCCCCCUCCCCCCUCCUUCCCCUCCUCCUCCUCUUCCCCCUCUUCCUUCCCCUCCCCCUCCUCCCCUCUCUUCCUCCCCCUCCUCCUCCUCUUCCCCCUCUUCCUUCCCCUCCUCUUCCCCCUCUUCCUUCCCCUCCUCCUCCUCUUCCCCCUCCUCCUUCCCCUCCCUCCUCCUCUUCCCCUUCCCCCUCCCCUCCUUCCCCUCCUCCUCCUCUCUCCCCUCCUCCUCCUCCCCCUCCUCCUCCUCCCCUCCCUCCUCCUCCUCCCCUCCUCUUCCCCCUCCCCCCCUCCUCCCUUCCCCCUCCUCCUCCUCCCCCCCUCUCCUCCCUCCUCCUCUUCCCCUCCCCUCCCCCCUCCCUCCCCUCUUCCCCUCCUCCUCCUCUUCCCCCUCCUCCCCUCCCCCUCCCCCUCCUCCCCUCCCCCCUUCCCUCCCCUCCUCCUCCCCUCCCCUCCCCUCCCCCUCCCCCCCCUCCUUCCCCUCCUCCCCCCUCCCCCCCUCCUCUUCCCCCUCUUCCUUCCCCUCCUCCUCCCCUCCCUCCC